UUCUCUCACGCGCGCAGCUCUCACCCUCUCUCUUUCUCUCUCGCUCGCGCGCUCAUCUCCAUCAUCCUCUCGCUACUGAGAAAAAACCCGCCAGCGCGAAACAGAUGGGAAGGCACCCGCGGAAUUUGCGACCGUUACCGAGCAGAGAAUAGCCGUCAAACUUAACGGACAGCGAAAAGAAGUUCAGUUUGUCCAGAAGACUUCUGGACUGAGAACUCGAGGACAUUUCACGUCUGCUUACGACUGGAAAAGUGUUGGCUGGAACAACAGGUAACAAUGAAGACAGAAGAUUACUUGAAGACAACAAUCCACAGGGCAGGGUGGGCAAUGCCAUUCGGCUGUUUAAAACCUGGCGAGAAGAAGGACUACAACAGUCCAACAGAAAUCACAGACAAAUAUGAUCUGGGCCAGAUUGUUAAAUCGGAGGAGUUCUGUGAGAUCUUCAGGGCAAAGGAUAAGAACACCCUGAAAAUGUACACCUGCAAAAAAUUCCUGAAGAAAGAUGGAAGAAAGGUGCGGAAGGCUGCCAAAAACGAGAUUCUCAUUCUAAAGAUGGUGAAACACCCCAACAUCCUCCAGCUGGUCGAUGUCUAUGAGACUCGGAAAGAAUACUACCUGUUCCUUGAGCUAGCCACAGGUCGGGAGGUAUUUGACUGGAUUUUGGAUCAAGGCUAUUAUUCUGAGAGGGACACCAGCAAUGUUAUCAGACAGGUGAUGGAGGCAGUUGCUUACCUGCACAGCCUGAAGAUUGUUCAUAGGAACCUGAAGCUUGAGAAUCUGGUGUACUACAACAGACUGAAACAUUCGAAAAUAGUCAUCAGUGACUUCCAUCUGGCAAAACUGGAGAAUGGACUCAUCAAGGAGCCCUGUGGAACCCCAGAGUAUCUGGCCCCAGAGGUUGUUGGGAGACAGAGAUAUGGCCGAGCUGUGGACUGCUGGGCCCUUGGUGUGAUCAUGUACAUACUGCUCUCCGGAAAUCCUCCAUUCUAUGAUGAGACAGAUGAUGAUGACUAUGAAAACCAUGACAAGAACCUCUUCCGGAAGAUUCUUGCCGGAGACUAUGAGUUUGACUCACCAUACUGGGAUGAAAUUUCAGACUCCGCUAAAAACUUAGUGUCACGUCUUAUGGAGGUGGACCAGGAUCAGAGACUGACUGCACAAGAAGCCAUCAACCAUGAAUGGAUAUCUGGAAAUGCUGCAUCAGACAAGAACAUCAAGGAAAACGUGUGUGCACAAAUCGAGAAGAACUUUGCUAAAGCUAAGUGGAAGAAAGCGGUACGGGUCACGACCAUGAUGAAGCGUCUCAGGGCACCAGAGCAUCAGACGGCAACACCAGCAGCAGCACCUGAUGCGCCCAACCCUGCAGCAGGGGCUCAGGAAAAUGCUCAAGCUCCAUCUGAGGCCUCCACAGCCCCAUCGAGUACCGCUGAAAGCAACUCGACGAGCACAGAAGCCCCUGCCGUGGAAGCAGCGGCACCAGCUGAGUCUGUUCUUCACACCCCAGCUCCGGAACAGCCCGAUCCUACACCGCGGUGCAACGGAGAGGCUUUAGCCCCCCUGCCAUCAGACACAGGGGAGGAACAGAGCGGUUAAUCUUGCUACCUCUCUCCCACCUGCAUUUAGAUCCCACACAUUUGUACAUAAGCAGCAAGCAUGCUAAUACUGAUCCCGCAGCACAUAGCAUUAAUCUCAACACGCUCUAUCAUGAGCCGACUUCUAAAAAAUUUCCCAGCAAGCAUCUGUUUUCUAUUGAAUCACAAAGCUGUGUGACGUGUAUCGAAGGCUCUGGCCACUUUAACUUUGCGCAAAAGAAGAAAAAAGCUAUUUUCUGCUUACAUUAAGCCAAGAUUGGAAUCUUUCGCACUGAUCUGCAUACAUGUUUUAGGAUAGAUGAUUAAAGCAGGCCUCAUUUUAUAAAAGUACUUUUUUAUUUUAUUGCAUUGCGGUUUGUUAACAUCCAUCUUGAGCAGGAGCACCGAUACACAGCUUCGUGUGCGAUGUAUAGUUUCUGUAAAUAGCUUACUAACCUCUGUAGAUUAGACGUAGCCAAGAACAGCAUGCUUUUUCAAAUCUGCUGUUUAUGACACCAGAUAACUGCUACAUUCAGCUUUAGCUUUACAUGGACAUUUCAUGUCUUGAUCGAACACGCGCUCAUGAAAUGUUGUCAUCAGUUUAAGAGGAUUUAUAUGAAAAAUACUUCGGCAGCAACUAAGGUGGCUAAAUGCAUUUCAUAAUGGCAUUUUAAUGGUUGAGACAUGUGGCCCAAUAAAUGGAGCAGAGUAGGUAAACAUAAGAAAUACCUCAAAUCUGCUUGGUAGCUAGCCACAUGAGCAGUGGAAAAUAAUGUUCUUAUAAUGUAUUAUACUCAUUUACAUACAUUGUACAUGUAUUGAGUAAUAAUAUACUUGUCCAUUUUAAAAGUACAUAUAGCCACACACAGUGAUCUUUGUUUUCAAUAGAAUUUCAUCUGAGGCAUAGAUGAACAUUACCACUACUUUGAGACCCUUCAAUAUAUUAAUCCUUACAUUUAUCUUUUCAUUGCAUCUCCCUUUACUAAUCUAUAAUGAAUUUAAAUAUAUUCCGAUAUAUUUAAUUUAUUAGACUCAAACAUAAAUUUAUAAAACAUAAAUCAUAUAUUUAUCUUUUUUAAAUUCCAAAUAUGUAAUAAGGAUCAUAUAUUGACUUAUUCCUUGUCAAGUAAGUCACUUUUAUUUAUUUAGAGCUUAAUACGAUACAGAUUGUUUCAAAGCAUUCUAUUACUUAAUCUUUUAAGAAACGCAUGUUCAGAUUACAAAAAAAAAAAAAAAAAAUUAAAUAAAAAAAAUAUAAUUGACUAAUCCAUGUGCUGCAGGGAUGAAUUUUUGCACUUCAGGAUUUAUGAGUAAAAUCGAAUAUUUUAAGAUUUUAUUUCAGUUAAGAAUUUAAGAUUUUCUGUCUCUUAAAAGGCAAUUGCUAACAAGUGGCUAAACCACCAUCAAGCUAAACAGGAAAAUGUAUUUAUACUCUAAUUUUUCUAGACUAUUCUGACUCAAAUUUGCCAACUCAAAGAUGGAGACAGAGAAAAGUUGUGUGACCGUGGUUUUUAUUCUGGUGAUUGUAUUUAGGUUUUAAAAUUCAUAAAUGUUUUGUUCAGGAUUAUCUUGAACAAAAUGUGUAAGAAUCAUAAACUUACUGGUCACAAAGCUUAUUUCUGCAAUAACUAAAAUCCUAUUGGCUGUUCAUCAAGGGAAUCAGGGUGAUGCUAACUUGGGUUACAAAAAUACAUCCUCCCUGCAGCGCUCUACAUUGGUUUGAUAUAUUCCUGCCUAAAGCAAAUAGUCUUAAACGUUAAUGAUCCUAAUUAAGUCUAGCCCCAUUAACCAAACCCUAACCUUAACGAUUUAAGAUUUUAGCCGAUAGCUUUUUUUUUGUCUUUACUUAUUUUAUAGAAAGGUCUGCUGUCAGCAACAGACACCUCAUCUUUCACACAGAUCUUUCUCAUUAAAUGUUCACGCUUCACUAAUGUGUGGAGUUUACUGUCUGUUACUCAUGAUGACAGUACUGAUUCAUUUCUUAGUUGAUGCGUUCUACAGUACAUCAUUAUGUGCUGUGAUGAUUUUUACAUGAAUAGGUUGAUGUUUUGUUUUCAGCAUACAAACAUUUCAGUUUUAGCACAGAGAAAUGGCAGGUGAUGUAGGAUUAAAAGAACUUAACGAAAGCAAAAUGAAACGGUCGACCUCUUAAUAUGAGCAAUAGUCUACAACUGCGAUACUGUGAUGCUACUCUCAAUGUCAGUGUCCAUGUGAACACUCAAGUUCUGAUUGGCGUGUCCUCCGUUGAAGUUGACAACGAAGGGUGAGAAGCUCAGGAUUACACAGGACAGAUGACGAAAGUUCACCUAUUGUACAAUUAUUUCAUACAGGUGAACAAAAACUAAAGUUUCCCCUCCAGUGGCCAACGAUUUGUAAUUGUUGUUCAGUGAUGACAUGCUGUAAAUUUCUAAACAUCACAGGAGUCAGUGGAGGUUAGACUGAGGAAGGCCUUGAUAUGCCAUUAUGCUGUCAAUGGUCUAUUGAUUUGAAGGUGAUGCACAUCAUGGGCUGGCACAGGUUUCUACAGAAGUCAGCUUUGAUAUACUUUGGAUCUCACACUUGUCACUGUCAUUUUGUAUCUUUCACUUCUUUUAUCUUCUAAAAUAUUUCCUUUCUAAAAUCUGUCCCAUACCUUUAUUUGUUCUAUCUACUCAGAGACUUUGAGAUGUUGUUUUUUGUCUUUGAUUUUGUAUAAAAAUACUGAAAGCUCACACCGUUAAGACCUAAAAUAAAAAGAGUGGUAAGUAAUGUUUCAUGUGGGUCUUGAAGAGUAAAAAAAAGAUUUUUAUAGCAUCCAUGUAUACUGAAACCGCAGCUAGAUACUGUGUUAAACAAUUCAAAGCAAUUUUUUUUUACAGUGCUUCACUAUUGCCUUUGGUGUUCGAUGUCUGUUGAUUUCCUCAUUCUCUCUGAUGUUCUUCUCAGUGUGGUUGACUGUGAACCUGUGAAUACACUGAGGACUGGCCUCUCUUCACUUUAACCUCUGUACUCUUCAACUGACUUUCAUGCUUUCAAAAUAAACACAUCCUGAAUGAUCAUC